AUGCCGCGAUCGCCUACAGCUCCCAAGAUCAGAUCCCAGAGCAAUAUCCCGCAAAGCUACGUCAGAGACCAUCUCAGAGUACUUGGGACAUUCUUCCAACUGAUUCAGGCGAACGCUGACGAGCAACUUCUGGACGAAUUCUUUCAACGGUCUACAUAUCGCCUUCAGCUAUGGGUCGAAAAGAUCAUCAGUACCAGCGAUGAAGAGCAGAAACCAUUGCAGGAUCGCGAACUUCCGCCGCUUGACGUCGCUCUGGCGUUGCAUUCACUGAUGUUGAGCCCUCGGCGAUACUUCGAAGACUCGAUGGUUCGUUUCAAACAAUUGAAACGCAUUAACGAAUACCCUCUUUCGAUGAUACUAGCCGCCCUAGACGUAAACAAGAUGGGAUACGACGAGGUUAAAUGCCAUUUGGCAGCAGAAUACUGGCGGACUCGCACUGGAUUCGCAUUCGACGCCAUUGAAUCGAUGCGGGUCGAUACCACAAGGUCCGUACAAUGUCCCUUCUGCGGCAAAACUGAGGACAUCCUGUGGAAUGGGGCUCGAGGAUUCGCUCAGGCCGCUUUCGAGCACAAGUGCCCCAAAUGCCAUGAGCUCUUCACCCACGACACGCUUCGGGCGGGAAAAUUCCUCCAGGCUGUUAAUCAAGCCAAGAAAGAUCGAGGAUACUGCCUACCGAACACGUCUAUAAUUCUCGGAGCCCACCUUGACGUUCAAGCUCGCUGCCCGGCCAUUGUCGAUGAAGUCUCUGGAUGCUUCGAGAACAGUGAUGGCCAGUUCCACUCCUUGAAAGAUCUCGCAAUGUCAGCUGCUACUGCGCGCGGCGACAUGAUGACAUAUAUCGCGAAAAAGCUCACCCUACCUGACUCUGCCCUGCGGCCAGAGAGUAUUCCUUUACUUCUUCGAGCUUUUGAGCAUUCUUAUCCUUUCACACAAGACGUCACUACCGCUCGUUGGUUUAUAGAGGAUGUCUAUCGCCAAGGGUGGGCUGGCGGACCCUCUGAUGAAGAUCUGGAUAUGGCUUACGACCAGUACAAUGACUUCUUGGAGCGAAGUGUUACCGUCAAACGAAGAGACCCGCAGUGGAGAGAUGAUCUCAUCUGGCAUACCCAUCAGCUUAUGCCAGAUCGAUAUCGUGCCGAUAUUGCAAGUUAUAUUCAUGUCUUCCUUGACCACCUCCCCCGCGGAGAGGGCUCCGAUGGAUACGGUGAGGAUAUCGUUAUCGUGACAGCCAUGGCUUCAUUUGUGAAUACUUGCAUAGAUCCUCCGAAUACAUCUAGCCAAAAGGAAGGCCACCUUGUCAAAGCUGUGUCCCCAACGUAG